UCCCACGUGUUCUCUUCCAUCCAGCGGCUGCGGCGCCCGCCCUGACCCCAACCCUCCGCCCCCAGACUCGACUGGCAGCCUAGCCGCCCCCCAGCCUCCUGCUGGUGUCGGAUGCGAGAGCCGGUGCUUAAGUGACUAAUAAACAUACCAAAAGAAUAUGGCUGCACAGGUACCAGAAUCUGAUCAGAUAAAACAGUUUAGGGAAUUUCUUGGAACCUACAAUAAACUUACAGAAACCUGCUUUUUGGAUUGUGUGAAGGACUUCACAACAAGAGAAGUAAAACCCGAAGAGACCACCUGUUCAGAACACUGCUUACAGAAAUAUUUAAAAAUGACACAAAGAAUAUCUAUGAGAUUUCAGGAAUAUCAUAUUCAGCAGAAUGAAGCCUUGGCAGCCAAAGCAGGACUCCUCGGCCAACCACGAUAGAGAAGUCCCAGUCAAUGGACUUUGAAUGAGAGAUUGCCAACAGCUAUUGCACUGGAAAAGAGGAUUCACCUGACAGAAUCCCCUGAAAGCAGUAGUCACCAUGUUAAACCAUCUGUCAUGACUGUGGCACGUGGAAACCACUGGAGAAACAAAAUUCCUAUCUACCAGGGAUAAUCAAAAUAGAAGGUCUUGUUCAUUGAAAAUAAUAUGCAACAUUUGUUGAGGCCUUAAGAUUCAGCAGCUUGGUCACUUGAUUUGAAAAAUAAACCGUUGUUUCUUCAAUUGUGACUGUUAAUUUUAAAGCAAAAUAUGUGUUCAGAAUCAUGUAUGAGAUAGAAAAGAAAAUUUCAUUACUAAAAGUAAAAUAAAUGGAAAUAUCACUGAGCAGUUGUUUAUAAUAUUUAAUACCAUAGUAUUCUCAGUGGACUGUGGAUACGAUGAAAUGUUUUUCAAUCACGAUCAUCCUCCCAGUAUUCCUGUUCAUUCAUGUCUGCCUCAAAUUGCUGGUAAAUACAUAAAACAAUUACUUUCUAAUCAUUUCAAUGCACCAUCCUUUUUUUGGCCUCUAUUUUGUUUUACUAUAUUGAGGUUACAACAUUGUUUAUAAUUUGGGCAUAGGUUCAUACCUUUCAAAUAUAUGCUACAAUACCACACCCAUCAUGUUCCAUCAUAAUCCAUUGGGGUUUGCCUGCCUUCUUAUGUCUUAAUUCUAACUACAUUUCUACUUAUCUUCAGGAAAUAAGCUAUCUAAGAUUAGCUUGGGCUAGUAAAGUCUGUGAUGGUUUGUGUUUUGCAGCCCAAUAGGAAUGAUUGCAAGUCAAACCCAACAUAUACAGUAUAUUCUUAUCCUUGAUAUAUGAUCAGUGUAAUGAAAAGUGAAUCAAAAUUAAAAUUGUCUUUACAGCUAAAUGAAUUCUAAAAUUCAAGCAUGUACAGGAAAUUCUACUUAAGACAUAAAAAUAUUAAGCAGCUUUGUAAGUAGAUUUAAUGCCUUUUAAUAAAUUGGCUUACAAAUGAAUUUCAUUUGAUACCAAUUUAAAUUUUACUUAAAAGAACAUUAGUUUGCCUAUAUAUUUAAGUUUCCCAUGAUUUCUAUGUUUUAAUGUUGGAAAACAAUUGUUCUGCUUUGAUAACUUUCUCUUAUUACAUAUAAUUUUUGAACUUGUUUACCUAACAAUACCAUUUAACUUAAAGGCCUCUUACCAUUACAGUCAAAAGUUGUCUUUAAGAGUAAAAGGCAAUAUUAACAAUAUUUUUAAAUUGAAAUGUUAAUAUUAAACAAUAUGCAAUUUAUUAUAGUCAAAGUACAUGAAAGAAUAAUAAUUGAAGUUGAAAUUUUGUCAGGCUUUACUCUGACCUCUAUGUAAUCAAGCCCAACAUGGUUAUUAGUCUAUUUCAGGAAGAUAAUAUGUGCUCACCUGGCAAAUAAGGGGAAUUUUGUGCAACAGCAUCUCAAAUACCUUGGGAGGGAGUGUGUGUCUGAAAACAUUCAGAAGUUCACGUGGCUGCCCACACGCCAAAAGGGCAUUGCUGAGAUGUUCAACCCCCAUUCUAUGCUCUCCUAAAACAGAUUAAUAGGUUCAAAGCAAAAUUAAAAUUGUUUCCAAAUAUACAUCCCACAGAUUACCAAGGAAGUACCAAGCAUUAAAACAAAAACAUUUAAACAAAUCUCAAAGAGCAGAGUGUGACUGUGAGGUGAAAUGCUAAGCAGUCAGUAAUUAGAUUCUCUGUAAUCUUGCUACAUGUAAAUGGCCCAAAUCAGAGUAAGUGUAUUCUUGCUGUCUAAAAGGUACAUUUGCAUUGAAAAUAUUCUACAAUUUGGAUAUGCAGGAGAUGACAUAUAGGAGGGGUUUUUUUGCUGCAUUUUAAAACUUGUUUAUUGUGUAAACUAGGUUUAUUUUUUAAUUGAUGGAAUACUAUAGAUGAAACAUCAGAUUUUCUGGGUAAAGGAGCAUUUUUUUUAAGGUUCUAUUAUCAAAGAAUUGAAACAAAAUUCAUUGUAACAAAUUAUAUAUCCAGAGUGAGAAAAUAGGUAUAUGAAUUUUGAUUUGAAAAAUUUUAAAGUUUUAAGUGAAACUUGAACGAAUGAAAAUUUAUAAGUAGCAGUUAUAGGAUUUCUGUUCAGUUUAGAACAUGGAGUCACUUAGUUUUACUUCCUUGUUUUAGGAAACUAAGGUAAAUAUCAGUAAAGUGACUUAAGGUUUUAGAGCUAAUUAAUGCCUGAAUUAGUAACAGAACUUAAGUUUUCUGAACCUCGAAACUACAUUGUGCUGCUUGCUUCUCUUAUGUAAUAACAAAAGUUGAAAUUUUGACAUAUUUAAAAUAAUGUAAGAAAUAAAAUACAUUUCCUUUC